AUGGCCUUUGGCGGAAGAUACCACUUGGUACGAAAGAUAGGAUCUGGUUCCUUUGGCUAUGUCUACCUUGGGCGUGACGCUGAAACCGGCAACGAAGUCGCCAUGAAACUCGAACAUCACAGUGUUGCGCCAUCUUUUCUCUGCGAGGAAGUGCGCAUCUAUCGAUCCCUUGCUGGGAAGGCUGGCUUUCCUGAGGUAUACUGGCAUGGAGAUCGGGACGACUUUGCCAUUUUGGUCUUUGAGCUACUCGGGCCCAACCUGGAAGACUUGUUCCGAUACUGUGGCAACCAGUUCUCGCUGAAGACGACGCUGAUGCUCGCUGACCAACUGCUCCAUCGCUUCGAGAGUCUCCAUUCAAACAACUACCUUCACCGGGAUAUCAAGCCUGAAAACUUCCUCCUUGGUCUGGGUGAGCGAGGGAAUACCGUCUACAUGACCGAUUUAGGUCUUGCGAUUUACCGCCACCCUGAUCGAUGGGGCUCGAACAGUCCACCUCGUCCUCGUGAUGUGAAAGCGCGUCCUCCUCAGCUACUAGGCACAUGCAGAUACGCGAGUAUCAGGGGUCACUUAGGCAUCCCACAAUCCCGGCGCGAUGACCUGGAAGCACUUGGCUAUAUGCUUGUGUACUUCGUCCGUGGAAGCCUUCCCUGGCAAGGUCUCAAAGCAAAGCCGGAAGACAAGUACUUGCUGGUUCUGGAGAAAAAGCAGGCGACCAGUACGAGCGAACUCUGCGCAGACCUGCCAACCGAGUUCGUGGACUACUUCGACUAUGUGCACAGUUUGCGCGAUGAGGAUCGACCGGACUAUCAGCACCUCCGGAGGAUGUUCAGCAAUCUCUUCCUCCAGCAAGGGUUUGAGUACGACAACGUCUUUGAUUGGACGAUCCGAGAAUUCCUGAGACUGGAGCCUGACGCCCAAGAACUGCUUGCAUCGAAAGAUGUGGACGAGCGACCGGGCGAGGGCGCUAGGGAUGCGGCAAAGAAUGUGACCAAGGCAGGGCGUCGAAAGAGGGGGUAA